AUGGAGGAGCUGCUGCUGGAGAAGAUGGUGCUGCAUCACAUGGAGGUGCUUGGGUGGGAGGGUCUGUGGGGGACAUUGGGCAUGGCGGUCAUUGGGAUGCCCCUGGCAUGGUUCCUGCCUGGAGCUGACAUAGGGGGACGCGAGGAGAACACGGUGGACAGCGUGCUGAUGCUGUGGAACAGCGAUGGACUGAAUGCGGUCAACACGCUCUUCUUCUGGUCAGUCGUGGGCCUCAAUGUGUUUGGCCUCAUGGUCACGCAAGUGCUGGGCUCCGUCUUCCGGGCAGUCAUGCUCACAGCGCGCACCGCCUCGCUCCUGGGAUUCUCCCUGCUGCUUGCUGGCACCAUCAUCUACGCGCAGGUCAAGGCAUAA